AUUUUGUUCUCAUUCUGGACAGUGUUAUUAUAUGUCACAUUUUCUGUUACGUUUAUGCGUCAGUGACAUUUUUUCUUAUCUUGUCAAAAUAAUGAUCUAGAUUCUAAACCUUUCAUUGGCCCACAGUUAGCCUGUCAGCAAUCUGUCGACACCAUCAAAGGUGUUGCGCAUUUAAAAUGACAGCUCGCUCUGCCGCAUGACUCGCGUUUGCCCGAUGACAGACGAUAGUGACAGUUUAAUGACAAAUUUCAGAUGUGAAUUUCACCCUGUGUAGAGUGCUAGCCUAGGCUUUUUAUUGUCUCUGGGAUAGGUUGCUAGCUGAUAUGGUGCCCGACUUUUUCUUUGUCAUGUCCCGCCUCUGAGCGAUGCUGAGUGGGCAGUCUGGCUGUCAGUCAUCGCUUCUCGGACGCUGAUUGGUUGUGAGGCUGACAGCGUCAGUUUUGGUGCUUGGCUUGUUCUGCGUUGCUGUCUGUGGCCUACUGUAUUAUAACAGGGCAGGAAUACUGUUUGAAAUGACUGGGGUGUUAUUUAUAUGAAUUGAUUUGACGCUAUUGUCAACGUCACGUUGCCCUCGCGGUUUCUGUGGUGAUGGACCCUCCCGGCGGCCGAGACGAACGUCAUCGUCAAGCGGAGCGGCUUCGGCGGGAGGAGGCAUACUAUCACUUCAUUAAUGAACUGAGUGAGGAGGAGUACAGACUAAUGAGAGACAGCAAUCUUCUGGGAACACCUGGUGAAGUCACAGCAGAGGAGCUGAGGCAGCGUCUGGAUGGUGCAAAGGAGCGAGUGUCAUCUCAGCCACGCCCUGAACCCCGCCCUCAGAGCAGUGAGGCAGAGGGCAGUAGCGGUGCAGUCGAGCCAGGUGCUGAGACGUCUAACGGAGACUCUCUGCUGGAGUGGUUGAACACAUUUCGGCGCACAGGGAAUGCCACACGUAGUGGGCAGAGUGGAAACCAAACUUGGCGUGCCGUCAGCCGCACCAACCCCAACAGCGGCGAGUUCCGCUUCAGUCUUGAGAUCAACAUCAACCACGAGCAACCUGAGCCUGGAGAACACAGCGACACCCCUGAUCCGACUGAGCUCCCAAUGCCGCCGCCUCCUCCUCCUCCUCCUCCCCCUCCCCCCCCAGUGUCAUCUGCCUCUGCACCCACGACCCCUUACAACCCCUCAAGGUCUGCACCUUACUCAAUUCAACACCCCACGCCGUACUCUACGGCCAGGCCCACCCUGGGAAGGAGGGCCGCGGUGCGCCGCACUCGCAGCAGCACGGCUCCGCCUGUAACGCCGCCUCUGACCUCACAGGCUCCUCCCACGCCUUUGAGGAGGAACUUGCCUUCUGUGCCAAGCUCUCCUCCUCCACAGGCACCACUCGCUUUUCAGUCACAAGAGCAGGAUGGUGGUGCCAUAAGGGGUCAAAUACAGGUCACAACCUCCUCGGUUAACGCAGGGGAGGGGCAGAAUGGAAAUGAAGGCCCGGACUGCCCCACCGCUCUGCCUCAGUCCGGCCCCCAGGUGGCGCCAGCUGCCCGUGAGCCACGAAACAGCAGGACUCGUUCACGUGGCCGCAUGCGCCGGGCGACGGGAGCAGGUGGGGCUUUGUCUCGCUCUUCGAGACGUAGCCGGUCCCCCCUGGACAGAAACCCAGCCUCCAGCGUUAGCCCCACCCAUAGCAGCAGCGCUGCCCCAGUGGAGUCCACUGGAAGUACGGCUGUUGCAAUGGAGAUGGGCGAGGCCACCGUAGAGCCGGCUGCUACUACGGAUCCUCCGGAGGCAGGUGAGGAAGAGGGGGAGACUCCUUCGUCAGGCGCUGGAGGUGUGCGGCGCCACCCCACGAUCAUGCUGGACCUCCAGGUGCGGCGCAUUAGGCCAGGCGAGAACCGGGACAGGGACAGCAUUGCUAGCCGCACUCGCUCUCGUGCUCGGGCCGCUGAGAAUACGGUCACCUUCGAGAGCGACAGUGGCGGCUUCCGCCGUACUAUCUCACGCUCGGAGCGCGCGGGAAUCCGCACUUACGUCAGCACUAUACGCAUCCCGCUGCGCCGCAUUUCUGAGACGGGCCUCGGCGAGCCCAGCUCCAUGGCGCUGCGAUCUAUCCUGCGUCAGAUCAUGACUGGCUUCGGUGAGCUUAGCUCCCUCAUGGAGACUGAAGCGGACUCAGAGACUGUGGCACCCAACCAGGACUCCGCUCCUACCGCCGGAGCCCAGGCAUACCGCGUUGCUAACGCCGAGGGCGGUGCAGCCCAUGGCGGAGUGGAAUCAGCACGAGAAGGUUUAGUGGAGGGUGAGGAGGAAGGACAAGUGCGGGUGAGCAGGACUGGGCCGGAGGGACGACCUAGCAGCAGGGACACUAACAAUCUGGUGGAAAACGGCACAUUGCCCAUCCUAAGGCUGGCGCACUUUUUCCUUCUCAAUGAAGACGAAGACGAGGAGCACCCACGGGGCCUCACCAAAGAACAGAUCGAUAAUUUGGUCACACGCACUUAUGGUCAGGUCAACAUGGAGGGCGAGCAGGGUCGCGCUUGCAGCGUCUGCAUCAACGAGUACGCUCAGGGCAACAAGCUGCGCCGCUUGCCUUGUGCCCACGAGUUCCACAUCCACUGCAUCGAUCGCUGGCUAUCUGAAAACAACACCUGUCCCAUCUGCAGGCAGCCUAUUCUGUCCAGCCAUCAGGAAUGAUGUCAGGCUGUAGCUAUCAAUCAAUGGACUGAACGAGUGACUUUUGUUCCACCUUUGGUGGGACCUGUAUAUAGUGCUUCAAUGUUUUCAUUCUCUGAGAUCCAUUGUAUUCAAGCUAAAGGUAGAACCAAAAGCAGAAAAAAACUAUAAUGCAGAGAUUUAACAAAGCUUUAUUUUUUUAGACUCCUUUUGUUUUCAUUUCUUACUCUUCUUCCAUUCUCCAUUAUGCUUUAUGGAAGGGCUGGACGAUUAAUCGCAAUUAACCUGAAAUUGUGCAUAAACCGAUUUGGCUUAUUACGAUUAUGAAAUCGCAAAGGCUGCUUUUUUUUUUAUGCGCAGCUUGUUAUUGAAGCACAGCUCUGUGAUCAGUAGUAAAUGUUGCUCCAUCUGAAAUCACUGUAAGUUUAUAACGUCAUUUAUAACGUGCAUUUGAAAAAGCAACACGUGUCAAACAUCGUUCCAAACAUUAGAAUCAUUUAUGAACCUCUUGUCCAACAAAAGACAACAUUUUUUGACAGUUGAGCAUCCUUCUGUGAGAUGAUGUGGCUUCUUACACAGAAUAAGGCACAACGUAUUAUUUCAUAGUAUUCUAUACAUUGAUAAAGGCUAUGUCAAAUAGCAUUUAAGUGUAAUUAUACUUUAUUAUCAUGAAAAUACCCAAGAAGGCUUGAAGAACUCAGAAAAAACAAAUAUUGUCGUAGUCGCGUGUUUAUUAUUCAUGUUUAAUCAAUCCAAGCGUUUCAAUCUUCAGCUACAGUGAUAGUAUGAUGCCAAUGACAGUAUGAUGACAUGCGUUAUCUUGGCACAUUUUGAGUUUCUUCACGAGAGCGCCCUCUGGAUUUACUGCUGAUCACAGAGCCGUGCUUCACUGACAAGAUGCGCAUAAAAAAUCACAGCCUUUGCCAAAUCGCGUGCAGUUUAAUUUCGAUUAAUUGUGCAGCCCUAGCGGACAUAUUAACAGACAGAGUAACUAACUCAAACGGAGUUAGGAAUAUUAGCUUCAACAAAAGGUGCAGUCACAUUUACCAUUGUUCAGCAAAUUUUCACGGGCGAAAUCUAAUUUCGUGAGGGUGAAAGAUUGCUGAUCGGAUGUCGCAACGGAUUCAGGUUGGUCACGCAUGUACUAAGUUGACCAACAGAAAGCUGCUUGGUUUAAAAGUGACUUCUGUGUGAGUGGUGUUUCAUACAUCGCUACACUAUUUACAAUGGACAUUUUUUGUCCAUGAAAUUUCGCUAAAUGUGACUGCACCUUAAUUCUGUCUCACACAUUUUAAGUUUGGUGGCUUCAAAAAAUGGAUAGACCUCUUAAAACUCUUUAAGGACAUGUAAAUAUAUGAAUGUCUGUGUUUUCGUUUUUAACAGUAAGACAUAUUGUAGAAAGAACCGUAUGCUGUUUCAUUUGCGUUUUCAAAAGGAACCUUUACUUUUAAGCGCUUGCUGAGAAAUCCACCGGUUUUGAAGCUCUAUGAGUCCUCCAUGUAAAUGCUCCCUGAUGUUGGGCAGUGUACUUUUAAAUGCGUUUUCAAUCAAAGCAGGUUUUUAGUGUGAUUUUUCUUUUUUUGAUGGGGUCGAUAAGAAUACUUAUGGGAUAUGAAUGAUGCAUCUGGUCGUAAAUGAAUUUGUCACUGAAAUUCCAAUAUCUGCAUCUGCAUCUUUAUAUUACGGGAAAUGGCAAUGAGCAUCUCCAUAAACACUACAGAACACAAUUUUUUAAGCGUGAUCAUUAUUUUCCCUAUGGACUGAAUAAGCUUUCCACUUUGAGUGUCAUUAUACAUUUCUAAUGAGAACAAGCCAUUUGCAUUUGAACAACAGUUUUGGAGAACCAAUUGGAUUAUAUGAUGUAAGUGCAUGCUUGAUUUGUACCUGAGUAUAAACCCCGUCAACGCCCUGCACAUAGUUCACAAUGUUUUAAUGAAAAGCUGAAAUUGAUUAUCACUUGAAAGCACUUGUCAGCCGCUGCACUAUAGGGCAGUACAUUCGAGCCUGUUAUAGGCCAGUCUUCUUCCUGGGUGAUGCAAUGAUACAAGGAGGCAAUGAAAGAUAUUGAAUGGUGGUUCAAUAUUAUAUUAUAACAUACCUGUGUUUUUUCGUUUUCCUACUUUUAUCCUCACAUCCAGCUAUUUCUAUAGUUUUUAUCAUCACAUUCUCCGUAUCUCACACACGGUCUGCCUUGCUUUCCUUCCCUCAGUAUUUUAGCACACAACGGUUUCACUUACGGCCUUGUCUGAAAGCCCUGUUUGCUCGGAGUCACCAUUUUGUACCCUUCAUGCAGUGUUGCUCAUUCCCCAUGUGAGGCAGAGCGUGAAGUAGGACUUCUGAAUGAAAGAUCAUGAAUGUAGUGGUAUCUUGCGUCUUUCCAAGGUACACUUUUCCUCAAUGUACAAUAGAUGUCUGCUUAUGUUUCAGGAUCUCGAUUAAAACAAUGACAGAAUCUGUUAUUCAA